AUGGCUCUUUAUCAAGAAGAUUCUAAAUCAUUAAGGUAUCGUUCAAGUGAAUCUACAUACAAAUUGAAGACAAUCAAUCUUAUCAUUCAAAUUUUUCAUACAAUUUUAUAUCAAUUUAUUGGAAGUUUAAGUUUAGCCUCUUUAUUAAGUUAUAUUACAUGGCCAUUGCUUCAAUUAUUAUGUUUAUACAGAAUUAUUAAUUAUAUAAUAAAACAUAAAAAAAUAUCCAUUUUAAAAUCUACAUUGAAAUGGGAACAGAAAUUACAGAAUUUCGAAUGGCAAAUUCAUCAUUUAGAUUGUAAUGUAUUUACAUUAAUUAUUAUUGAAAAACAAUCAUUUUACAAAUCAUGGAAACAAUUAAAUUCUAGUUUAGUAACUAUUCAAUCAUUAAAUAAUAUAAUAGAAUUAAUUCGAUGGUCAGAAGUUUUACUAACAUUAGCUAAAUUAGCUAGUUCAGCUAUAGCAACAAUGUUUGGAUUAAUUUACUUCUCUCUGAGACCGCCAACAUUAAUUGCAUUUCCUAUCAUAGCAAUUAUCUCAUUUGUAUUUUGUUAUUUUAUUUCAAGUGUUAUACUUGCCACUUUACAACAUAUACUAUCUACAAUUGUAAUUUGUUAUUGUUUACAAGAAUGUAAAUUUGCUGAAGAUGAACUAUUUGGUCGUGAAUCUAAAUUUAUUUUUCGGCAUGAAAAUUUCAAGUGUCAUUUGGUCAAAUUAUUAAAUACCACCAAUUCAAAGCCUAAUACAUUACGUAAUGGAUGUAUAACAGAUAAAUUUCAUAAUCAAUUAUCUGAUUCUUUUCAAAAUUAUCGAAAUCUUGAUAUACAAUGGAUAGAGAAUUCAGAGGAUGAUUAUAGUGUAAAAGGAUUUACAUUGAAUCCUCCAUUACCAAAGAAAAAAACUAUUUGUAUACAGUAAUAUUAUGUAAUGAUUGUAAAUUAUUGUAAUAUUUCAAAUUCUGUUAACAUAUAUAUUCAUUUUUUAUCAUUCUAAUGAUACUACUAAUACUACUAAUACUAUUACUAAUACUACUACUACUACCACCACUACUACUACUGCUACUACUAAUACUACCACUAUCACCACCACUACUACUACUACCACUACCACCACCACUACUAAUAAUAAUAAUACUGCUAAUACUACUAAUAGUACGACUACGACUAUUACUACUACUAUUAAUACUACCAAUCAUAAUAAUUAUAAUAAGACUGGUUAGUAUUCAUUUUCUAUUCGAUAUAAUGUAUUCAAACAAAUGAUCAUUAUAAUUUUUAUAAUAAUCCAUACGGAACAUUAUGUAAUGAGACAUACUAACUUAUACUCAUAGAGUGAAAAGACUUUGUAAAGUGUUUCCUCCUCCUCCUCCUCCUCCUCCUCUACUACUACUACUACUAAUAAUAAUAAUAAUAAUAAUAAUUCAUGAUUAUGUAUCCAUGCGCACAUUUUCAACUUUUCCUCUUGAAUCUUGACAAGUCGAUUCGCAGAGUUGGAUACAAAAAAAGCUUUUCCAUUUUAAAGGAUUUUACUUUUAUUUAUUUAUUUAUUCAUUUUGACUGUAAAUAGGCUGACAGGUACUUUUCCUUUUUUAUUACAUCUCUUGCAUGAUUACAUAACACAUUUCCUUUUUAAUCUGUUUUUUGUUUGUUUGUUUGUGUAAAUUUAAUGCAUGGUGAUGAUGUUAUAACACAGUGUAAUAAAAUCUUAUUUAAAUUAU